CAUGCAGGUGAGAUCGCCAGGCCAAGUUACAAGUCAGACCUGUGGAGAGAUGACCCUCAUCACAGAAAGGUUGAAUUUUUAAGGAAGUUUGGAGGAAUAAAGUUAUCCCUAAUGAAGUAAAUAUGGAAGUAUAAUAAAGGUUAUCGAUCUUCAUGUUAUAGAUCUAUGAGUGAAUGCCAUAGAUAGCUAGAUGCCAUAUUGUGGAACAUCCCAGGUCAACACCUCCAUGUAGGGGAAGAUUGUGUACCCCCACCAUAAAUUAUAUACUGCGCCUUGCACGCAUGUAUUAUGUAGCAGGCCAGGCAAGACUAGUAACCUAAUAUCAUUCGUGGUCAGUUUUCAAAUGGAAUGAUGUCACUUUUGCCACGAGGUCAUCUCAUUGUUAAUGCAUGGUAUAAAUUAUGCUCUCCUGUUACGAGUUGUUUCUAAAAUUUUCUGGACGUUUCUAUGUCCCGCGUAAUGCAGAUUCCUCCUGUACUCCUAUUUCUUCCCAGUGGUACAGUCCUGUGUCGGUGGUAUGCUGCUGCAGUGUCAUCUCGAUGAUGCUAGAACUUCCAUUUGAAGGUGAGGGAGAGGGGGGGAGUUCAAGAAACGGUGACGUUUUGAGGUAACAUGAUCGCAGUCGUCAGACGUCUGGGGAGCCUUGAAAAGCUGCAUCAGCUGGGGUUUUCUCCAAAUUCUGUUAAUCAGAAGAGAGCGGUAACAUCCACUACAAUUCAUCGUAAGCGAUAGGUCCAUACAGGUAUAUAAGCAGACAAAAAGCACGCACUUUUUUCAGGAGGAACUUUUACGCAUCAUGACGCAGAGCAAGCUAACACUUGCCAAUAAGCCUAAAGACGAGUCUAUCAGCAGUGCCAAUGAAUUUCUGUCACCCUCUCCUCCCAGCUAUGAAGAAGCCACUGCUGGUGCUAAUGCAAUAUGUUACAAGGACGCUGAGAUGUUUACUCAGUUUAGUUGGGAUGAUCGCAAUAUCAGAAGAGUCUUUAUCCGGAAGGUUUAUUCUAUCUUGAUGAUCCAGCUUUUGGUUACACUGACAGUUGUUUCUUUUUGCACAUUUUGUGAACCUGUAAAGGACUACAUACACUCUAAUCCAGGAUGGUACUGGGCUUCAUAUGCAGUAUUCUUUAUCACAUACUUGGUUUUGUCAUGCUGCUCUGCGCUAAGGAGAAAGUUUCCAUGGAAUUUAAUUUUAUUGGCUAUUUUUACUAUUUCCCUUUCCUAUAUGACUGGGAUGUUAUCUAGCUUCUACAACACCAAAUCAGUGGUGUUGUGUCUUGGCAUCACAGCAGCAGUGUGCCUCCUUGUCACCCUCUGCAGCUUUCAGAUUAAGUUUGACAUCACAUCGUACCAAGGGGUGCUGUUUGUCUUCUGCAUGGUGAUGUUCAUCUCUGGACUAGUCUUGGCACUUGUCCUUCCCUUUAAUGAUGUACCUUGGUUGGAUGUCACUUAUGCUGUGCUGGGAGCAAUACUGUUCACACUGUUUUUGAUGUUUGACACCCAACUUUUAAUGGGGAACAAGCGAUACACCAUGAGUCCUGAAGAGUAUGUCUUUGCCACACUCAACAUCUACAUGGACAUAAUUUAUAUAUUUUCCUUCUUCCUCCAAAUCUUUGGAACAAAACGUGAUCAAAGCACUGGCUGAUGUUUUGAACAAAAUACAAUAACACUGCAUGAUUUAUAUGAAAAUAUCAGUGAUUGGAAAUAUGGUUCUAGAAUCUAGAAUAGACUGUUUCCACUCCCAGAACUUGAUACAUUUCCAACAAAAAAAUAAUGAAUACCAUUUUCUAAAGUGAAAGUUGUUAUGUACAUUUUGUUUUUAAUUAUGUGUAAACUAUUUCCUUAUUCCUCACCCCAUUUUAAUGAGGGUUGGUGCAGGACUUAAAGACAGAUUAUGGAGAAGUAAAGAGAAAAAGUGCCAUUCAUGCAACAACUAAUAUACGCACGCACGC